AGUUUGUGUUUUCCCCCACCCUUAUCAAACGUCGUACGUAAUAUAAACAGAAGCAAAGAUCCCGCAUCCUUUUAAACUCUUCAGAUCACUUCAAUCUCAGACCAGAAAUCGUUUUCUCUUACUCGUUAUACUCAUCCAUACAACAAGUCAAAAAUGGCUUAUCAACUUUUCACCAUUCUUCUAGUUUCUAGUAUAUUGGCACUUAUUGGAGCACAAUGCAUCACAUCCAAUGAUAUUAUAGUCAAUGAAACAAGCAUUGGAAUUACAGUUCGUAAUCUCAUCGAAGGUAGUACGCGAUUUAGUAUGGACCUACUACGAACUCUGAACGAAGAACAGAGGCAUAAUAAGGAUGCCAAUGGUGUUUUUUUCAGUCCCUAUAGCAUUUGGUCUGCGCUACUUAUUACAUACAUGGGUGCAAGAGGAGCGACAGAGCAAGAGAUGAAAAAUGUUUUAGGCCUCAGCGACAGCGACAAAGCAACCGUAUGGGAAGCUUUCCGCAAUAUCAGAAAUAACAAUUUUUACAAAUCGGACAGUUUUCUUCAGGAUUUGUUUGAACCAGCGCUUGCAAGUUAUCAAUCGGCCAACAGAAUUUAUUUUCAAGAAGGUACUACUUUCAAAGAUUGUAUGAGAGAGCUGUUGGCUGAUGAUAUUGCCUUUCUUGACUUCGCGAAUAGAGCUGAAGAAGCUAGAAAUACUAUCAACAGCUACGUGGAACAGGAAACUAAUAAUAGAAUAAAAUAUUUAAUACCGCCGAACGGAAUUAGUGCUUUGACAAGAAUGGUAGUUGCUAAUGCUGUGUAUUUCAAAGAAACUUGGCAAAACCAAUUCGACCCUCAAAAAACAUCACGUAGGAGAUUUACUACUCCUUAUAGAAAAGAUAUCUUCGUAAAUAUGAUGAAAACCAGAGGAAAGUUCUUGUACGGUAGAAGCGAAGAACUACAGUGCUAUGCUUUAGAACUGCCUUAUACUGGAAAUACCCUAAGCAUGAUUAUUCUUUUACCGAGGAACCGUUAUAGCGGGGUGGAUAUCUUAGCCAACAAUCUCACACCUCAACGAUUAAGAAAUCUUAUAAAUGAUAUGUAUCCUCGAGAAGUAUUCGUUCAACUUCCAAAAUUUAAAACCGAAAAUUCUUUUGAGCUUUCAUCAGUUCUUGAUAAAAUGGGUCUGAGAAGUCUGUUUGAUACACGAAAAGUAGACCUUUCUGGUUUCACUGGUCAGAGAGAAUUCUCAGUUGAUGCUGUCAUCCACAAAUCCUUUAUCGAUGUCAACGAAGAAGGUACAGAAGCUGCUGGUGCUACUGCAAUUGUAAGUUCUCGAAGUGCAAAGGAACUCGAAAUUGCAGCAUUUGUUGCAGAUUAUCCUUUUGUAUACUUGAUUAUGGACAACCUAUCAAACACCAUUCUUUUUCUUGGAACUGUUCGUAAGCCACCGGAAAUUGAAAGUAGCUAGUUUAGAAGCUAUUUUUUUUAACAAACUAUUAUUAAACUGUGAUUAAAAAUAAUGUACAAUUAUUGUUUGUAGGAAACCUCAAGUCACUAUCAUUAGUUAAAUGACAUCAGUAUUAUUAAUCAUCUGACGUUAUAGAAGGCAGCUUCAUCAUUUUUUUGAAUGUACAACUUUGCUUGAAGAAGUUAAAAUUUUUUGUUCAAUAAAAAGAAAGUAACUUUU